CUUAGGGUAAGGCCGUGACGCAGUGGAAAAACUGUCAACCGUUGGGCGUAUCGUUACUUCCGGCUGAGCUGAGGAUGAAGCAAAGUUUGACAGACUCUCCCCCCUCGCAGAAGCACAAAACCAUGGCUUAAUCGCAGCGAGAUUGGAUCCGAUCCGAUCCCCACAAUGUCAGCAAUCGCAGCCCAAAACCUCCUCGCCAAUCCCUACUCUCGCCUUUCCUCCUUCUCCCCAAACACUCAUUUCCCCUCUCGCACUUUCUUCCCCUCUUUAUCCUCCACGCGCUUCUCAAAUCUUCCGCAAUUUCGCACUCCGAGUUCCAAUUCAUCAAACCCCGUUAAUUUCGAUUCUGUCGCUGCCCGACACUGGGCUGUCGGAGCCUUCCCACCGGACGGAAGCUUUCGGAGGGCCGGCGGCGCUGCGAAUCUCAACUUGGAUGCUUUUCUCUCCGUUGUGGAAUUUUUGUGCCUGGCGCCGUCGGCCGCGAUUUCGAUUGGUUUCGCGGUGAAUUCGAGCUUCCAGAGGCCGGUUUUUACGUGGUUGGGGAAUAGGUUUUUGGUGUGGCAGUGGCAGUUUGUUCUGUUGGCGGCUGCGGUGGCCGUUGGCGCUUCGAUUCGGAGGCGGCAGUGGAGCAGAAUAUGCGCGAACGCGAGGAAGACUGAGGAUCCGGUUGCCGUUCUGGUUGGGAGGAUUGAGAAACUGGAAGACGAUCUUCGGAGCUCGGCCACUAUUAUUAGGGUUAUGUUGAGGCAGAUUGAGAAGUUGGGAAUUCGGUUUAGGGUUACAAGGAAGGCUUUGAAAGAGCCUAUUUCUGAGGCUGCAGCUUUGGCUCAAAAGAAUUCAGAGGCAACUCGAGCUUUAGUACUGCAAGAAGAAAUAUUGGAGAAGGAGCUUUCUGAAAUUCAAAAGGUUCUGCUUGCAAUGCAGGAUCAGCAACAAAAGCAGGUUGACCUGAUUCUGGCAAUCGGAAAAAUUGGGAAGGUGUGGGACAGAAAGCGGGGGCCUAGUCAACGGCAGGAAGCCAUUGAAACGUGUAACUCAGCUGAAGCAGGGCAAAAACAGCUGGAAAUCUCCCAAAUCCAAUCUUUGACUACCCAGAAGGAAGCUAAAACAGAAAGUCCCUAGGAUUUUGUAGCAGUAAAUCCAAAUGAGACACACUGUCUCCUUAGCCGCUGAAAGCUGAGAAGGUAAAUCUAGUUUUUGAGGGAAAUGGCUUUUCUGUUUGGCAUCAUGGUCUUGUUGUAGGAAUCAUAUACUCGAGUUCCUAAGUUCCACUUUGGAGGGAUGCAAGACAUCAUAAGGAAGAGAAAGAAAAGAAGAGAAAAAUGAACUAUACCCUUUCGUAACCCAUUCUUCUUUGAAAUAUUUAUUCUCUUUGUACUGGACCAUAAGAUUGUAGGAAAUGAUUAAUCCUAUGCCAUGAGUGUCUCAAACUUGGGACUAAAUAGCAUAAAUGAUCACUAAACUUUACAUUAAGGUACAAAAAAAUCCUUGAAUUUCAAUUUAAUAUACAAUUUCAUAACUACCGUCAGUUGUCGUUAAAAGAGAUUAACGGAAUGUUGACGUGGCUAAUAACGUGAACGAUUAAAUAGCAUAAAUAAUUACUGAAUUUUGCACAAAAAAUAUCAAAAUGUCACUAAACUUUGCACUAAAGUAUAAAAAUGUCACUGAAUUUUACAUUAAAGUACAAAA